CGGUACGGAGUUUAGAUUAUCUAUCAAUUCAAAACUUCCGGUCAGCAUGUGUAAAUUUUAAGUAUUUUAUCUCAAUUUGUUAAUAAGCAGAUAGAAAAUGAGUAUAAUACCUUGCGUGACAUGGGUAAAACGAGGUUGUGCUAAAGCUAAACCAGAAAAGCUCCAGAUUGCCAAAGAAGAUCUAAAAAGAAUCAUAGAAGAAACUCAAGAAAAAUUAGAUGAUGAGUUAGAAUCAGGAGAUGAAGAAUUAGAAGAAACAGAAGAAACAGAAAACACACAUCCAGCUGCUGGUGAUGUAAAACAGGAAUCUGAAAAGGAUGAAUUAGAUUCAGAUGUUGAUGCAGAGGUAGCUCGUGCGAAAGACUUGGCUAAAUCUUUAAAAGGGUUAAAGAAAGGAAAGAAACCUAAAGUAGAAGGAGCUGCUUCAGGUGGGAAAGAUGACUUUGAAUCAAGAUAUAACUUAGAUGACUAUGAUGAGGAGGAAAAUGAUUGGUCUAAUCCACUUAAAGGAAUUUCUGGCCUGACAAUGUAUUCAAGUAAUGAUGAGGAUCCAUAUAUCACCUUGAAAAAUGAUCCUGAAAGUGAUGAGGAGGAAGAUUUUGAGAUCAAAUCAACAGACAACUUGAUGCUUGUAGCACGUGCAGAAAGUGAUUUCUGUUCUGUUGAAGUUCAUGUGUAUAAUUCUGAGUUAGAGAACCUCUAUGUUCAUCAUGACAUUCUUCUAUCAUCAUUUCCUCUUGCCCUAGAAUGGAUAGACUAUGACCUUCGAGAUGCUAGUAAAGGUAAUUUUGUUGCUAUAGCAACUAUGGACCCAACAAUUGAUAUAUGGGAUGUUGACCUAGUCGAGAGUUUAGAACCAUUAGCCACUUUAGGACAAAAAGUUUCCAAAAAGAAAAAGAAAAAUGCUCAGGUUGGUCACACAGAUGCAGUGUUAGAUUUAUCUUGGAAUUCCAUAGCCAGACAUAUUUUAGCAAGCGCAUCAGCAGAUAAUACUGUUGGUCUUUGGGAUCUAACAGAGGGGCGGAUUGCAAUGUCAUUAAAACAACAUAAAGAUAAGGUACAGUGUGUCAAAUGGCAUCCAGUGGAGGAACAUAUGUUGUUGUCAGGAUCUUUUGAUAAAUGUGUGAAGAUGUAUGACUGCAGAUCACCAGAUGAGAACCACAAGUCUUGGAGCAUGAAGGGUGAGAUUGAAAAAUUACUGUGGAAUAACUUCUCGCCGAUGAAUUUCUUUGCCAGUACAGAUACAGGACAUGUGUUUUACAUGGACUCUAGACAAGAUAAACCAGUUUAUACUCUAUCAGCUCAUACUGAAAGUGUCACAGGUUUAUGUAUGAGCAGUGAAGAUCCACGAUUAUUGGUAACCACAUCAACUGAUCGCACCAUUAAAAUAUGGGAUAUCGAGGGAGACAAGCCAUCUCUAGUCCAUAGUCAAGAUAUUAAAUUGGGACAGCUUCACUGCAUGGGAAACUGCCCAGAUGCACCAUACGUGUUUGGUAUUGGUGGUGAGAAAAAUGUGAAGGUGUGGGAUAUUAGAGAUAUUAAAGAUGUAUUCUCACAUUUCUGGCCGGGAGCCAGUGUUGAAAAAUCAGAAGAUACAGAAGAUACAAAUGAAACCGUUGAUGAUUCUGGUGUUGCCAUGGAAACAGCAGAAAAUGAAGAUACCAUGGAAACAGAGACUGUCUCUCAACUAACGUCUGCAGCAAAUACAAAAACUAAGAAGAAGAAGAAAAAGAAGAAGUCAAAGAAAACAAAUAACACCUGAUGAAAAAAUCUGUAUAUAAGUUUUAAAAUAAAAAAAGUGAAUACUAAAUUAUUAUAUAGAUGGUU